CCCAGAGCCCGGAACAAGGGACUGGAAAAGAAAUGAGAGAAAGGAAGGAAAGAAGGAAGGAAGGAGCCCGGGAGCCAGACCGAGCAGUGUCUGAGUGGGGAGGAAAUGAGCGGAAGGGGGGUUAGGAAAAGGAAGGAAGGAAUGAGAAAGGAAGAAACAAAGAGGAAGGACGUCCGUGUGCUGUGUGUGGCGCCCUCCGUCCCUUAGGAUGAGUAACUGCAGCAGCCGCGCGCUCACGCUGCUCAGUAGCGUGUUCGGGGCGUGCGGGCUGCUGCUGGUCGGCAUUGCGGUCAGCACCGACUACUGGCUCUACAUGGAGGAGGGCAUCGUUCUGCAGCAGAACCAGACCACCGAGAUCAGGAUGGCGCUGCACGCCGGGCUCUGGAGGGUCUGCUUCUUCGCUGGCCGGGAGAAGGGCCGGUGCGUGGCAUCAGAGUAUUUCCUGGAACCCGAGAUAAACCUGGUGACAGAAAACACAGAGAACAUCUUGAAGACAGUUCGCACGGCCACCCCCUUCCCCAUGGUCAGCCUCUUCCUUGUCUUCACGGCCUUUGUCAUCAGCAACAUCGGUCACAUCCGGCCCCAGAGAACCAUCCUGGCCUUCGUCUCUGGCAUCUUCUUCAUCCUUUCUGGCCUGUCUCUCGUGGUGGGGUUAGUUCUCUACAUCUCCAGCAUCAAUGACGAGGUGAUGAAUCGGCCCAGCGGGUCAGAGCAAUAUUUCCACUAUCGCUACGGCUGGUCCUUCGCCUUCGCAGCCUCCUCCUUCCUCCUCAAAGAGGGUGCCGGCGUGAUGUCCGUGUACCUGUUCACCAAGCGCUACGCGGAGGAGGAGAUGUACCGCCCCCACCCAGCCUUCUACCGCCCGCGCCUGAGCGACUGCUCCGACUACUCGGGCCAGUUCCUGCACCCGGAGGUGUGGCACCGUGGGCGCAGCCCCUCCGACAUCUCCAGCGACGUCUCCAUCCAGAUGACCCAGAAUUACCCCCCCGCUAUCAAGUACCCCGAGCACAUGCACAUAUCCACCUCGCCCUGCUAGGCCAGCCCCCCCACCCCCGACCGUCUCCCACCGGGGCCUGCCAGCCGCCCCCCACCCCAGAGACUGUGCAGAGGGGGCCCACCCGUGGAUCACAGACUGGGUGCUACUGGACUGAAACCUCUCCUUGACCCCCCUUUCUCGCUCCCUCUGCACCGUCCCUGGAGGCCUCCCCCAUUUGGCCACUUUGGCGGCAUUCGUGACAGGAAGUCACCCCAUCGGCCAUUUUGGUUGCCACAGGAAGGUGCCGGGAUUCCCAACAGGAAGCCACCUGCCAGCCAUUUUGUUUGCUAUCAUCGGGCCAACCCCAGAUACUCUUUUUGUCCCCACAAGGGCCAGUUCCUAACACGAAGUCACCCCUCCACCAUUUUCUCUGUCCCUGCUCCAAUCCCUUCCUCCCAGAUCCUGACAGGAAGUGGCUCCUCUGCCAUCUUUUUUGCCCCACAAUGGCCAACCCCGGUUAGGAAGCUGCCCAUCUGCCAUUCUGGUUGCCAUUGCACCAGCUCCCCUUGGUAUGGAUCCUGAGAAGAAACGGCUCCUAACGCCAUUUUCCUCAGUUCCAGAAUGGCCGACCCUGACAGGAAGUCACUUGUCGGCCAUUUUCCUUGUUGCCAUGCCAGCCCCUUCCCCCCCCGCAGAUCCUGAGAGGAAAUGGCUCCUCCGCCCUCUUUGCUGUUUUCCAAAUGAACCAGAUGGGGGAACCGCAUCAGCAAAUGGGGACACAGAGAAGGGCCCCAGGCCACUUGCUUCCCUCGGAAGCAACCCGACCCAGAGAGAUGAAUCAAGGGGAGCUGGAAAUAUAGACACCAAGGUCCGGCUAAAGCAACCGCGGCGGCUGGCUGCCAGCAGCUCGCCCUCAGAGACCCGCUCCCCCCUCGACCGCCAGAUCGGGGCCCCGUCUCUUUGUCUUCCCUCCGCCGAAGAACGGAGGACGAAGCCCUUUUCUUAGCAAGCGUGGGCAUGACCGCGCCGUGCAUUAACCCGGCCCAGCAACGGCCACUGUUAGCCCAGCUUCAGGCCAGCUGCCCCCAGGCUCUGCUUUGCUCUUUCCUUUCUUUCGAUUUGCUUUCUCCUUCCAUUCUUCCUGUCUCGCCCCCCUUUUUUCUUUUCCGUUUCCCGGCUCUUUCCUUCUUCCUCUCUCUGCCCUCUUUCUUUGGUUCCUUUUUUCUUUCAAUUUCCAUUUGCAAGUUUUCUUUGAUUCCUUCCUCUCUCUGCCCUCUUUCAUCCAGUCCUUCUUUUGUCCAUUUCUCUGCACUUCUUCUCUAUUGACUUUCUUUAUAUGUCCAUUUACAGGGUUCUUUUCCUCCCCUUUUGUUUUCCUCUUCCUUUCUCUACCCUCUUUUGUUCUUUCUCUGUUAGUUCCCUUCUCCUUUAGCCACCUCCGCCCGCUGGGGUGUAUCUCAGGCUGCAGUUCUUUUGCCGCGGUGACUGUGUUUGUGUCUGUAGAGGUGGAAGGUGUCUCCAUCCAUGCAGAGAUGAGGAAGGAGCCAAUAUAGUCGGAGGAGGAGAAGGAUGCCAGUGGAGAGAUGGAGGAAGGGAAAAUAGGGGAUGGGAAACGUGAGAAUGAAGGGAAGGUGGUUGAGGGAGAUGAGGGAGGGAAGAAAAGGGAUAGGUAAUAGAUACCUGGUGCUUCAGGGAUGGAUCAGUGCAGGGAACUGGUUCACAGCUGGGUUUGGGCACCUUCUGCUGGCUGGGUCCUGCCAGGACCCAGGACUCUUGCUGUGAACUUGGUUGGUACUGGUCGGUCCCCGUCCCGUGUGGGUAUUUUUGUGGGCUCCUUUGACAAGGUCAUCUGUACCUGGCUCUGCGAGCUUCCCCACGGGCAGUGCCCCCAGCUGGGGAGGCUCCAGUGUUGCGAGCUUCCCCAUGGCAGUGCCUCCCAGCCAGGGAGUUAAAGGAGAAAAACCCUCCUCAUCUCUUGUCAUGAUGUUGGGACUCUUACAUGCAGAGGAGCUGCUCUUGUGGCAUCCAACAGAGGGCGGUAUCUGCUUGGGGGGACCCAGUUCUGGGAGG